UGAGGUGUUGUGGAUUCACGUGUUCCUCCAGUCACUGCUACCGCUGCAUGUAACGUUAUUUCUUAGCUAAACCUCUGAUCUGUGAAGGAAAAUGAACUUUAACGAGGCUAAGAAUGAAAUUCUUCAGACAUUAGGCAGAACGGAUCCGCAGGAGCUCGCUAAAAUAAUCGAUUGGUUGAAAAAUUCUGAUGAUCUUGAUGACUUAUUGGUUGACAAUCAAAAGGCCAUACUGAUGAGUAUUGCAGAGGACCUCAGGCCUUGUCUCCCCUUGGAGGCUAUGUUUCCUUCAGAGACCAUGGCCAUUCAGAAGACCCAGCAGACCUCUAAACCAACAGUGCAUGUGGAUGCAUUUCUGUAUGAUGAGGAAACAGUAGAUUCUCUCUGUGAGGAGAGAAAAAUGAGUCGCAACUACUGUCUCAACUGCGGAUCGCAUAGCACAGCUCCCCUGGAGUUCAUCUCACAUUCAUUUUCUGUGUCGGAGCUCCGGUUUUUGUUUCAUCAUGUUCUCCCUGACCUGACUGGAAGACUGGUUAUGGAUGUGGGUUCGAGGCUGGGAACAGUGCUCUAUGGGGGAUACCUCUACAGUUCAGCAGCACGGCUUGUUGGUGUAGAAAUGAGUGAAGAGUUUGUCAAGCUUCAGACAAUGGUUGUGGAAAAGUACGCUUUCGGUGACAGAAUUCAGGUGAUUCAUGCUGAUAUCUGCACACAGGCUGCCUUAGUGCAAAAUGCAGAUGUGCUGAUUAUGAAUAAUGUGUUUGAGUAUUUUAUGGAACCCAAAGACCAAGCAAAAGCCUGGAACUUUAUUAGCCAAAAUUUUCUGAAAAAGGGUGCACUGUUGGUAACUGUUCCCAGCAUUCAAGAAGCCCUCAUCUCGCUACAAGCAUCCAACGGACUAACAGAAAUUGGACACUGGUUAGAGGAAGUGCUGCUUGAUUACAGUGCUUAUCUGCAAAGUGACACAGAACUAGAUUUCCUCAAACAAAUACAUCUCUACAGGGUGCUAUGACCUAGAACACAGACACAACAGACUCAAUACGGACUCCCUGGAUGUAAGAUUUUGCCAAAGAACCAUGCCUUAUUUGACUUGUUGGUCUUAAAGACACCUGCUUACAAAUAAAUUUACUUCAUUGUGAAACAUAA